AUGAUAUCAAGAUUUGGACGAUCACAAAUAGUUCAGAAAGUCGCUAUGGAGGAGGAAGACGACUGGAGACAAUGUGCAGAAUGGUUAAAUCGAUGUCAAAUCAUCCCAGAUGAUCAUCCAGCUUUGGGACCAGGUGGUAAUGCAAUUCACUUGGUUCAGGCUCUUAUGGAUGGAGUUGCUUUAUGCCAUCUUUUAAGUACAUUGUCAAAUCAUGAGCUAGACAUAAGAUCGAUGAAAGAUUUUAGCCAUAUGCCUCAAAAUUCUCAAUUUUUAUGUUUUCAAAAUCUUCGAUUGUUCACACACCUAUGUGAAAAGGAAUUCGAUAUCCCCAAAAAUUUACUGUUUCAGCCAGGCGAUAUUUACCAUGCCAAAAACUUUGGAAAAGCCAUUGCACUACUGUCAAAGUUAUCCCAUUCAAGAAGGGCUCAAUUAACCGGAAUAACUGGUUUCCCACCAGAGAAUUCGAAGCUUCAGUCCUCUCAUGAAUAUUACAACAACCUCGAGGAGAUCGCUGCUGCGAUUAACAAAUUGCCAGAUUCUGGAAAAACUAACUUUACUCAAAUAGAAGAAGAAAACAAGGAAAAACUAUACGAUACAGUUGUGUACCAAGGAUCAAAGUCUCGUCUAAAUUUAAACUCUGAGCCCACAACCGCGCGAACAUGUUGUAUUCGAGAAAUAGUGGAUACAGAGAAGAACUAUGUUGAUGUUUUGAAAAUGUUGAUUGAGAAAUACAAACAUCCCCUUAUUGGAGUUCUUUCACACAACGAAGUCGAAGAAAUUUUUAAGUAUAUAGAGGAGCUACAUACUAUUCAUAGGGAGUUCUUAAGUAAUCUAAGCUUGGCAACCAGUGCAACUAUUAAUUUUCUCAGUUUAAGUGAUGUUUUCCUUAAAACUCGAGAUAGUCUGCUCAUAUAUGGAGAGUAUUGUGGUCACUUACAACAUGCUCAAAACUUAGUAUAUGAAAUUAUGCGAAAUGAUGUUGAGAAGCGUAGUAAAAUAGAGCUUUGUCAAUCAAAUUCUGAAAAGUAUAAUAAAUUUGCUUUGGCGGAAUUACUUACAAUCCCUAUUCAACGUGUACUGAAAUAUCAUCUCUUAUUAGAGCAUCUGUGUAAACUUACUCCAGCUGAUCAUCCAGAUCGUUCUGAUCUUACCUUAGCUCAUGAAGCUAUGCGUGAAGUCGCUCUGUCAAUUAAUGAUGUUAAACGAGAUCUUGAUACAAUUAGUUCUAUUGAUCAAAUUCAAUCCAGUUUGCUUGAAAUAAUGCUGCCUCCAGAUAAAAAGUUGUCGAGCUAUGGACAUUUGCACAUGGAUGGUGAGGUGAAAGUUGUUUCAGAAUCAGAAAGCAAAGCAAAAACAAGGUAUUUGUUUUUAUUCGACAAAAUAUUGAUCGUAUGCAAACCAAAGGGUGAUAGUUUCACAUUUAUGUUCGCUUAUCACGUUGUGAAUGGUCAAUUUCAAAGGGUAACUCUGCCGAAUAAAAAAGGAUAUUCCUUUGGGUUUACUUUGCCUAUUCUUGGAGACAGAGAUUCACCAAAUCUUACAUUCUUUACAAAAUCUGAAGAAUUACGUACAUCUUGGAUGAAAGCUGUAAUGGCUGCUUUAUCUAAUCUAUGCCCACCUGGAGCGAAAGACCGAGGCUACAACUUCGAAAUGUUCACAUUUAAACAACCAACUUAUUGUUGUAUUUGUAAUAAGCUAAUCACAGGCAUCUUCUUUCAAGGUUAUCGUUGUCGAGAGACAAAUAGAGCUGCACAUAAAGGCUGUUUAGCAAAUCAUAAUCUUCCAUUGCGUGGUAUAGCCAAUCCACAUAUUAAUGGAAUUCCGUCAAAUGCUCCACCUCCACUUCCUCCUCAAUGUAAUACGGUACGUAGUCGACGUUCUCACUUAACAAUGGGAAGUGUUCCAUGCACGCCUGGAAAUAAUUCACUGCCUAGUUCAGAAUCAUUCGACUUUUCACAAUUAUCAGAUACCUUAACAUCUGUGAAUCACUGGCUUGCCUCUGAUCAAACCAACUUAUCAAAUGUUUCUUUACAGCGUAAUAGACGUAUAUCUUCUGGUUUGCCUACUUCGAAUAUUCCUCCUGUAAAUCCAACUUUCGCUGUGGCACGAAAACCUUAUGAUGCAGAUCCUUUACCACCUUCAGGUAGCAUUCCUCUGAGAUUAUCCGUUGGAGAUCAAAUUGAAUUAAUCAAAUGGACUGAAGGUGCAUCUUGGUGGCAGGGUUAUUGUGAUGGUUCUGAAGGCUGGUUUCCCUCUAAUAUUGUUGAAGUUAUGAAUAAUAAAGUUAGUAGGGUGUGCACACAAACUAUGCCGUUUACUGACAGUCCGGGGAUCUCACUGUCAAAUUUGAUAGGACAGACUUGUCGUCACAGUCUUCCUCCAGAUUGUUCUGUUUCAUCAAACAGUGCUAAAGAAACCUCUUCAAACAUUGAACCGGAACACUAUCCUCACCAAUACAAUAGCAACAACAAUUGUAGUAAUAACAACAAUAAUUUGAUGAAUAAUUGCUCACGUCAAACUAGACAGAUUAUCACGUCACUUGGGGAUUGCCAUGAUCCUCUUGCUGGCUACGACUGGUAUAUAGGUGAAAUGGAUCGAUUAGAAGCUGUAAAUCUAUUGAACAAUUGUGUUGAUGGUACAUUUCUUGUACGUUUGUCUAAAAGUGCUGAAAGAAUGGGUGAAUAUUCAUUAUCAGUAGUAUUCGGACAUCCACGACAUAUACGUAUACAACGUUUUAUAUCACCUGAUAACUCAUCUAUUACUUAUGGUCUGUGUGAACUGGAACAAUUUCCAAGUAUACCGGGUGUUAUUGAGAAUUAUUCAAAAGUGUCAUUGAAUCGAUGUUUCGAUGAAGUUGAUAUCACAUUACUUUAUCCUUACCAAAAGUGUCCUCCUUCACCGUUGUUCUAUGUCCGUGCGAAAUUCGAUUUCCAUGAUACAUCUAACAAUCGUUUCCUGAGUUUGAGUGGUGGUGAUCGAGUUGCAGUUGUUAGUCGAGCUGCAGAAGAUAGGGGUUGGUGGAAAGGAUGGUUAAAUGGUCGUAUUGGUUUUUUCCCAAUGUCUUUUGUAACACGAGAAUCAUCUGCGUAA